UUAGGUGCUUUGUCAGCACCGAAAAUGUAGAAGUGUUUAGUGAGGAAGUCUAUCUCGUGUUUGAUUGUAUGUUCGUUCAUGUUAGUUUCCCUGUGGUGUCGCAUGUUGGAGGUCAACCGGAGUAUGAUGUCCAAGAACUCUUUGCUAGCCUGAGUGCUCGGGUUAGUGGAGGUGAUGUUUCUGGCGGCAAGCUGAGCUGCGGCGAAGGUGAAGGCGUUCAUUUGCAGGGGAUGAGUGGUGAGGGCAUUGGGGGGUUGCAGAUCAGGGGGGUUGGCGAUGGGAAUGGGCUGAGGGCCAGUUUGCGUACUGGGUUGCAGCGCAGGGUGACUGUUGGGUGAGCAAUAGUUGUGCACGAGCUGCGCCAUCGUCGGGGAGAGGAGAAGGGAUUGGAAUACCGGUUCAGUCUCCGGGUUAAGGAAUCAACGGUGCGUCAUUAUCGUGUGACGGCGGAUGGCGAACUAGCUUUAGAGUUGUGCGUGGGAUUAGGGUAUGAUGGGGAGGAAUUCCUGUGUGAGGUUACUGUAUUCGUAAAGAAGACGCACAAGGAUGUGCCUGAUUCUGUUUCAGGUACUGGUGUUGAUGUGGUUGCAGAGAUGGUGGAGUUAGUGACCAGCGAUUUGUUACAGGAGCACAACGGGCGUCAAGUGGAUUUCGUGGAGUGGGAGGCCAUAAUGGAGCCUCCAUUGCAAGAGCGCAAGGGUAUGCGCGGUAUUCUACGCAUCGGAGACGUUUAUCAGUGGUGAUUGUCUAGGGUGCGGCAGCAUUUUGCUGGGUAGUCAUUUCUGGUGGUCCCAAAGCUUUAGGGGGAUUGACGGUAUGGUUCCACGUACUUGUGCGAAGGGGGGUUGUAAGAUGGUAUGGGCGUUUGAUGGCGUCUAAGCGGGAUGUUCGUAUGUGAGAACAUUUAGCUAUUCGUGAUAAAGCCUGGGCAAAAGA